AUGUCGGCCCCAUUCCCCAAUCUUUACACGCAUAGAAAGGUGGCCGAAAACGCAGCCAAAGCUUGUGACGUUUGCUACAAGCCAAGCACUUCCGUUCUUAUUACGCCAGACAAGAAGAUUGACGAAGACGCGCUCAAGGCCAAGCGUGAGAAGGAAAUAGCUGAGGAAACUGAGAAACUGAAGAAGGAAUACGAGGAACGUCAACGCAAAAAGAAGGAAAAGGAGUCUAAAGAUAAAGACAAAAAAAGCGACGACGACAAGGACAAGGACACGGACAAGAAGGAUAGCAAAGAAAAGCAAAAGGAGACUGAUAUCUCAGCUCAAAAAUCCAAGGACGAGGGGUCCAGCACACCAAACGAGGAGCCUCGUGUCUUUGAACUCAAGAGGUUUGAACUCUGA